GUUAAGAACUGCCAUACUCUGCAGACUUGGGGCCCUGCAAAGCCUUUUAACCUUCCUAACUCGUGCAUGAGUUAUUUGACCCAGGCACAGAAUAAAUAGGUGAGGGUGUAAUGUGAUGUGACAAAAGCGGAAGUGACUACAUGGUUGUUCUGCACGAGUUCUGCCUGUGUGAUUUGUCUUUUGCGAAUAAUGGUACACUCAACGUCCAAGAAAUGCAGCAAGCAGGCAAUGGAGAACAUUUUGAUGACCACACUUUUUAUGCUUGUGUAUUGUUUUUGUUAUUCCAAAUGUGAUGGCGCCAUUGUGUUUAUUUCCGAACAACUAGGCCAUGAUACCGAUAAUUGUUCAUCUAGAGCCUUCCCGUGUAAAACCUUGAAUUACGGAUACGAAAAAGCGGUAAAGGACGGCCAUCUGAACAUACUGGAUAUAAUCAUAACAGGAAAGUACACAAUGAAUGAAUCUUUUGCAGUUAACAUAAGCCAUGCAAAUUUGACAACUGUGAAUAUUUACGGAAGUGAUAACGCUGAGGUUUUUGGUAGCGAAUAUGGCUAUUUCACCCUUGGCUGUGAGAACAAGACCCGGUGCAUUAAUCACAACAUUCGAUUUGAGAACUUAACCUUUCGCAAUUUUCACCAGCAGGUCACAGUUUCAGCGUUUCAAAUAACGAAGCUAGAAAUCGUUGGUUGCAGGUUUAUUGCUAGUAACAAUUCUGCACUAAGGUGGGUCGACUCUGAAGGUGGCAUUGAAAACUGCUUCUUUGGUGGAGGGCAGGGACUUCGCCAAGUAGGGAGUGCAGUUGGACUUACCUUUAAUCAAGCUUAUAACAAAUCGAUUGUUGUGAAGAACUCGACGUUUUUAAACAACAUAGGCAAUGCUAAUUUGACAGCGUUCAGAGACAAUUCAACAGAGUCACUUUGGUAUUUCUCCUAUUUUGGUGGUGGUCUGGCGGCGUUGUUUCUCAACAAAGCCACGUCGAAUAGAGUUGUCGUGGAUAGUUGUAGAUUUGACGGUAACAGUGCACUUUUUGGCGGUGGUCUUGCGUAUGGUGCUUAUAAUGAAACAAGGCGAAAUUCCCUUAGAGUUAUCAAUUCAUAUUUCUCGAGAAAUUUCGCCUACCUCUCAGGUGGUGGGUUUUCUCUCAAAAUCAUGGCCAAGGCCUCAGCUAACGCAUUAACAUUUGAGAAUGUCACGUUCCAGAAUAACUCUGCGCGAGAAUGCGGAGGAGCAGGAAGACUGAUACUAGAAAAUAUUGACAGUGAGCCAGUAUCCCCCUUAUUUAUCAAUACAAAGUUCUUAAGGAACCGUGCACAGACAGCAGCAGCCAUAGGGAUCAGUAAAACAUCGCGGGACGUUCAUUUUAACUGGCAGAAAAGCGUCGUUUUCAUAAACACGGUCUUCCAAUGGAACUCUAAUUAUCCAAACACAUUUAAUACCUCAUUUAUACAUACAGGAACUCUCGCUUCGUACAAAGUAAACGUUCUGUUCCACGGUAGAAACAACUUUGUGAAUAAUACCAUAAAUAGCCCGCUCUUUGUAUGCGGCGCUAUCGUUAACGUAAGCGGAAUUAUGCUAUUCAAGGAAAAUUAUGCAUAUAGCUCCGGAGGUGGCAUGUCGCUGUUAGACGGCAGCACGUUGUUGCUGAUGCCUGGUACAAAUCUUACAUUUGAACGGAACUAUGCUUUAACUGCUGGGGGCGCGCUUUUGUACAAAACAAGUGCAGUUGUCAAUGAGAUCUACCAAUUCAAUCCAUUCUGUUUUAUGCAGUAUGGAAUAAGGCAUGUACCUGCUUCACAGUGGAAUGUGAACAUCAAUUUCAUCGAAAAUGGUGCUGGAUUAAAGGGCGCGGCCAUAUAUGCAACAACACUAGGACAGUGCAGGUGGACAGAGGACUAUCCCUACAGCGAUAUAACAAAGACAUUGCGCUGGAGCAAUAGGUUUGUUUAUCGCGGCAACUACAUUGGCACCUUUUGGUACGGCAAAGAGGGAAAUGAUAUUGCUACAGAUACUUAUAAGUACAUAUACAACCCAAAAAGACAGGCGUAUAGCUACCCUGGUCAGGACAUUACACUAGGAAUAUCAGCUGUCGAUGAACUCGAUAAUUCUGUAGUUUCAGUGCCAACUAUUUUCUCCACUGAUUGGAUUAACAAUAGAACAUCGCCCAAUUCUAGUCUGGUUUUGAACAGGCAUUUGCUGUACCUUAAUUCAAACACGACGACAUUCCGAUACUCAAUGCAGUCUCCAUCUGAUUAUGAGGCUGUCAUAAAUGGAAAGGACAAAAAUGCGCAUUAUGUGCAAAUUAUUGACUACCUUUCUGUAUACGGUUCAAGAGUUGUGGCAAAAAUCAAUCCAGCACCUUGUUCCCCUGGCUACAAAUUUGAUUCAUCCAAACUUCAAUGCUCGUGUGAUUUGAGCAUCAAUGGAUUGACAAGGUGUAAUGGAACAAUAAUUCGGCUAAGAAAUGGAAUAUGGGGCAACGUGUCAAAGAGCAAUCCAUACAAACUAAUCACAUUCCAGUGUCCGAGGCAUUACUGCCAAUGCAACACUGGCGGCGCCUUUCAAUCCGACUGCGCACUUGACCCUAAUCAACCAGACAAUCAAUGUACGGGUAACCGGAAUGGCAUGCUUUGUGGCAAAUGCAGAAAGGGCACAAGCAUCACUUUGCCAUCAUACUCCUGUAUUGAAUGUGAAAAUCCUGCACAGUCAUUGGCUGUAUUCAUCUUUGUCAUCAUUGCUACCGUUUGUAUAUGUUUAGCAAUAUUUUACUUCAACCCGAAAAUGUCCGAGUACAUGAAAGGGAUUUUCUUCUACACUCAAAUCCUUCCAUAUGUUUUUACAGCAAAUGGAAAAUCAGCUCUAAUUGCUACAACAUUCAGUACUGUUGUGAACUCUGCUGCUGUUGGAUCAAUGCCUAAAGAAAUGUGCUUGUUUGAUAACAUCGAUCUGAUUGAUGCAAUCGGCAUUUCCUAUGUCAUACCAUCUUUGUGUGCUUUGAUUCUCUUCAUAGUUUUCAUUCUCAGCAAGCUAAGAUUAUUAACAUUUUAUCGAGACUCUCCUUUCAAUUCAUUCUGGGUAUUAACCAUUAUGGUGUUUAAACUGUUGGUGGAAACAACUAUGAAGUCAAUGGCCUGUUUCAAAGUCGACGGUGAAGUGGUAUUUUUCUACGACGGAUCAGAGCAAUGCUUUUCAAAAGGUCAUCUGGCCCUUUUCAUCCCUUCGGUCCUGAUCCUAGCGGUUUUUUUAAUACCUGCUCCAGUCGUCAUUGUCCUAAUAUCAUUUGGGUACAUAAGAGUGCCACCUCAUGUUAGUGACAUUAUCUCCCAAGGAUACAGAAAAAGUUGCCGAUGGUGGUGUGCAGUUGACCUUGGAAGAAGAAUUGCGUUCUCAGCUGUAUUUACUUUUGUUUCUAAUUGGUACUUCAAGCAGACUCUCUUCAUAUUCCUCUCUGCAACUGUGUGCCUCAUUCAUGUAAUCGCUCAACCGUAUAAAAAGUCUCUAGCCAAUCACGGAGAAAGCUUUUUGCUGGUCAGUUUAUGCCUGAUAGCAGCAUUACAAGGCAUCUCUGGCGACGAAGAGCUGCGAGAAACUGGCACGAUCAUUCCUCUCUCCCUCACAAUCAUUUAUACUGCUGCUGUUGUUUGUUACUUGGUCAGCGUUCUGGCAUUCAAAUGUAUUAAAAAAUGGGGGAACAUCCGCGCUGAUAGGCUGCAGCGUUCACCCAGAGAUGGUGAUGGAGCCCCGUACAACAUUCCAAAGAGAGUGCAUUUGAAAAGACCAAACUUUUGGGAAAAUCGAAGAGGAAGCAGUGAUAGUAAUGUUUUGUGUAACCCAGCUCAAGCUAUAUGAUGUUUUUCAAAAGAAUUAGGACCUGACACCCUUUUUACUCCAUGUCGCUACAAUCUCUGCCGAAAGUCCUUGAAACACCAAGUUGAUUACGUGCUGUUUUGAGAAAAUGUUGGUUGUAGAGUGAAAUAUCAUAAUUACUCUAAAAUUAAUUUUGGCAACUCGGAGAGGAUGCAGCAUUAGCGGAAGGCAGUUUAGGGCACCUUAAUUUGUUAACCAAGGGCCCCUGAUCUAAAGGGGUCGCCAUGUUAAUUUGAUAUCUAUGUUUUAAAGACUUCACUCAAGUUCACCAUAUUUUCAAAAGGCUUAAAAAUUCUAAAUUGAAGCAAAUACCUGAGCUUCUCGAUAUUGUCGUUUUUACAACUUGCUAUUGUGUUUAAAAUGCUCUAAACUUUUGGAUGGGACUUUCUUGCAGUCAGUAAGCAGGGUCCAGUUGCAGUUCUCUUUAGGGCCUCAUGUGCUGUAUAAAAUGCUAACAAAUUUUUGGGAACCAAGACCUCUGGCAGGCAUUGUAGGUGUCUGCAGAAGCGGACUGGCCCACCGGGAUACCGGGAAAUUUCCCGGUGCGCCCUCUGCCCCAAGUUAUUUUUUCAAAAACUUGAAAACUUUCCAAAGGCAAAUAAUCUUCGCACAGAACUAAAAUUGAUUACAAUCAUCAAUUGACCUCCUUUCCAAAGUACGUUUGCAUAAAAAGUUUAGCUUCACCUUUAAGUUGAGCAAUAUUAAGAUCAAUUGUAAAGUUUCCCAAUCUUUGCUAUUGUUAAUUAACAAAAAAAAGACAAAAUGUUGGUCAGCAAAUUCUGCAAGAUUUUCUGAAAAUCUUGUAAAAAACAUAUUUUGUUAUGAAAAUGACUUUGAAAAAAUGAAACAUUUUAAACAUACAGCUUUGUUGUCUGAAACUCUUCAGAGUAUAAAAUGUAAAAAAAUGGUCCAGAAGAACAGGAUGGAAAAUUCGAUCCACAAAUGGGUAUUUAUUCUCCAUCUUGUUCUUUCAGACCCUAAUUCUGACAUUAUAUACUCUGAAGAGCAGGGACGGAUUUAGCGGGGCGGGGGGGGGUGUAGGGGGUGCAACACCCCCCAA